AUGAAGGUCCUGUCAAAUCUCGGAACGCUUCUGGCGUUGUCGCCUGUUGCGCAAGCCACUGGAGGACAUUACAACGCCGUUAAGCUUGAUGGCUACGGUAGUUUCUCCGGCACCACUGUCAACAGUACUUUCACCAAGCAGAAGCUCCCUGCGCCUAUUGAUGCUUGGCUGGGUAUCGACUACGCCACUCAACCAACCGGCGAGCAUCGCUUUCACCCUGUUUCUUGGCCUGAGAAGUUCAAGGGCGUGAAGAAAGCGGACAGCUUUGGCAAAGCUUGUGUCCAAGAAGUAUCAUCCAGAGUACCUCUCGACUCACAGAGCGAGGCGUGCCUCAACUUCAACGUGUUUCGACCCAAGGGCGUACCUUUGAGCAAGAAACUUCCUGUUCUUGUGUGGAUCCAUGGCGGUGCUUUUUACGCUGGCAGCUGGGCUAGUUUCGACGCCGCUGCAUUCGCUGCCUCGUCCAAGGUUCCCAUCGUGGUAGUCAACUUCCACUACCGCGUCAACUCUCUCGGGUUUCUGCCAUCCAAGCUCUUCCAAGAUGAAGGUCUGUCGAACCUAGGUAUUCGAGACCAGCGAUUCUUCUUGGAGUUUGUGCAGAAGCAUAUUGGUGCCUUUGGCGGUGAUAAGGAUGCUGUCACUAUUGGUGGUCGCUCUGCUGGUGGCCAUUCAGUGGGCAUUCAUUACUUUCACAACUACGGAAAGGAUAAUAAGCAGUUGUUUGCUCGGGCGAUUCAUCAGUCUGGUUCGGUCACUUCACGGGCUUUUCCGAAUGAUACUUAUCCUUUGUAUAAGCGACAGUAUGACGAGUACAUUACGUACCUUGGAUGUGACAAGAAGAAGGGAAAUAAGGCAACGCUCAAGUGCCUGAAGGGAGCAGAUGUCAACGCUAUCAGAAACAUCAGUACCAAGUUGUACCAUGACUACGAUCCUCAACUGACGUGGCCAUUCCAACCCGUGCAUGGUGGACCUCUCUUUCAGAAACCUGGCUCUCGAUCUGGUUACGACGGAACAUUUUUCCACGUCCCGACCAUCACUUCUACUGUCACCGACGAAGCCAAGUUUUACACUCCUGGUGACCUGGAGACCAACAAGGAGUUCCUCGAUUAUCUCCACAACAUCUCACCAGCUUUGACCAACAAAGACCUGAAGCAGCUAUCUGCUCUAUACCUCGAUCCCGCAAAGUACAAAGACUCACCAUUCGCAAACUCCCCCAACAGCACUCAAUACAACCGCAUCUCCGCCGCCUGGAGCGACUACGCCUACAUCUGCCCCGGCCAAGAAACUGCAUACCGCGCCUCCACCGCCGGAGUCCCGACAUGGAAAGUCCGCUUCAACACCAACAACAGCUUCCCUGCGUGGCAGGGUAUUCCUCACACCGCUGACACGGCAUUCACGUGGGAUGAGCCUACUACUCAGUACCCCGAGAUCAGCCACAUCUACCACGGGUACUUGGCUAGUUUCGUUGCUACGGGCGAUCCCAACAAGCAUCGAUAUCCUGGAAGUCCAAAGUGGCCUAAUUACAAUGGACGAGAGAGAUCGCCGAAGCAGAUCGUUGUUCAGCCGGGGGAUACCAAGGUUGAGAAGGAUAGUAUUCGAACGGAGGCUUGUCUAUGGUGGAGAGAUCCCGAGAGAGCGCCGAGACUGAAUAAGUAA